AUGCGGGAGCUCACCGAGCAAGUGGGCAGGUUGGCGGAGGGCCAGGAAACCCUGACUGCCGCCAUGAACAACUUGGCGCAGGGUCAGGAGACCCUUAUUGCCGCCGUCAACAACUUGGCGCGCCAACAACAGACCCGCCACGACGAGAUCGCAGUGGUACUGGCCAUAUCGGCCCUCGCACUCGCUGGUGGACAUGGUGGUCACGGAGGGUACAGUCACCAACACAGGCACCAAGAUGACCACGGACACUACAAGUUUGGCUACGACAUCGUCAACCACUACGGUGCCAAGAACGGUCGCUGGGAGGCCGGGUCUGCUUAUGGUCCAGUCGUCGGUUCUUACUACCUGGGUGACAUCGACGGCAGACACCGUACCGUUAACUACGUAGCAGACAAGCACGGCUUCCGCGCCAUCGUCAAGACCAACGAACCCGGCACCAAGACUAGUCUUCCUGCCGCUGCACCUUACGUAUCUGCUCACGGAAAGCACGUUCCAGCGUACGGCCACGGUGGUUACGGUCACGGAGGUUACGGCCACGGCGGCUAUGGUGGAUAUGGUCACGGAGGUUACGGUGGUUAUGGACACGGCGGUUAUGGUGGAUAUGGAGGACACGGUCACGGAGGCUAUGGUGGUUAUGUAGGCUAA